UAUAUGUAGAUGGCGAAUUUGAAGAGCUGAUGGAGGACUCAUCCCUGGAUACGAUGAGCCUCGAGCAGAGUCAAGAGGGGAGCAUAGACGUCCCCAUGGACUCUACACCCACGGGCCGUACUCCGCCUAAAAUCAGCGACAACAUAUGGACAGCACCGGCUGGCGACAUUGAUAAAUUCCUGGAGAAGCGCCGGCUGAUCAAGCAGGUGCGCAAUCAACGAGUCCUCUAUGAUAGCAAACAUCCCCGAUUCCGCGACUCUACAUACAAGAUAGUGGUGUGGAAGCGCAUUUCCAAGCGCCUAUCCAUGGAGAUGGAAGAUUGCGUUGACAUCUGGGCCGAACUGCGCUACGAAUUCCAGUGCCAUGUGCGCGCGAUGUGCAACUACCGCCGGGAAAUUCUCCAGCACCGUCCGCCCCGUUUCCGUCCCUUCCUGCUGCACGAGGAUGACAUGAUGUUCAUGUACCCGCAUGUGGCCAGCUAUCCGAUGCGGCGCGAUCAGAUUGAAACCGAGGCCAUCACCGCACCAGAGACAGCGGACGAUGUGGUCCUGGUAGAUACCCCAUCGCCACAGUUAGUGGCCAGCAGCGCUUUGGAUGGGAACACGUUCAGGAUCACGCCCGAUGUACGUCUCCUCAUCGAUGCCGUGCGCUCCUAUCCCCAUCUGUACGAUAGAAGCCACCCCAGCUUCAACGAUUACCGCCAUCGCGGCGUUAUCUGGGUCGGCAUAUCCAACGAGUUGCGGGAAAUGACCACCGAGCUGAUCAGGUCCUGGCUAACGCUGCAGACGCGUUACGAGUGGGAGGUGAACCAAGCGCCGCAUGAGAGCUCGGAGCUAAAGGUGUUGAUGAUUUUCCUAAAACCGCACAUGGCCCACAUGAGAGACUCGGUGUACAAGUCCUCGAAGUACCUGACGACUGGGUGGCAGGCUCCCUUCGAGAAGUCGGGCAGUGUCUUAACUCUGAUUGAUAUGCUGAAGAGCAACCCAGAGGUGGUCCAGCUAACCGAUGAGUAUCUGUACUUUAAGACGAAACCGCCUUUGUAUUAUGAACUCUGGAAGAAAGUCGCCUCCCAGGCGAUGACCACACCCGAGCGCUGCGAGGUCAGCUGGCUGGUCUUGCGCUUCUUUUUCCAUGAGCUCAUGAAGAUUCGUCUGGCCGGCUACGAGCUGCCCGACAAGUGGUUAUUCGAGAACGACGUCAGCACGAUCUACAGGAUGGUUGUCCAGCGCACCGUAAACUGCGAGGAGCAGAAGCGGUACUUUGCCAGCACGUCCACGCAGCCGAACAUGCGCUCGCCCAUGGCAAUCGCCGCCGUGCUAGACAGUAUGCCUGAGAAAAGUCCACCAGACGAAGCACAACCUAUGCAAUUGGCCAUUGUCCACCCGUCCGCCGCCGGAAAAGCCGGGUUUCACAUUCCCACCACAACCAGUGGCUCCAGUAUCAGUAGCAGUUCCGCCAUUACAACCACCUUGAGCCCGAGUAUCACCACCACUAUAGUCACAAGCGUUAUGCGUUCCGCCUGCUCCUCAUCUACCAGUAGUGAUUCUUUGGUGAUGACAAAUAUCACGAGUACCUUGGGUAUGCCCACGUCGUCAGGCCCCACGCCCAACGCCUUGAAGAUGAGUACAAAGGCGGCAGUACCUGCCAUUUUCGACAGCAAUCAGUCGACAGUCGCAAAAGUUUUUUCUGAUCGUAGCAGUAAAGCACCCGGACAUGCCAUUAGACCCAAUGCCACGAUGGCAGCACCACCAGUUUUAAUGGAUCGUCCUUUCGAUAUCCGCGCAAUAUAUCCCAAAAAGCAAGGUGAUGUUCCCGUUCCCAGUGUCAUUAAAGCAACGACGAACAAUGCCAGAAGUACAGCAAAGACAACGACAUCGAUUACUCUUGCCAGUGCAGCAACAGAAGUAACAAAGGUGUUUGCAAGUGGUUCAUUGAAGAGACCGAGCGCCGUUAACGGCAGCAUUGAUUGCAGCAGCAGCAAGUCGCCAAAAAUACAAACCCCCAGCGAAAUGGACACUCAAUCCGCAUCUCAAUCGUAUGAUAUCAAAGUGGAAUUUGUGCAGAGUAAGGACGCUGAAUAUUCAAUCCAUAUUUAUGGCGGCGCCCUGUCCGUCGACUACCAUUUGAACAUGUUGCUUGUGGAGAAGUUGAUCCAGGAGGUGAUGGCCAUACCGAUCCUCCACAACAGUCAUUCGAAGCUAGCGAAGAGAAAAUCGGAGUUAUGGGGAAAAUUUUCCAAACAAUUUCACAUGCCAGGUGAUGAAUGA